CCCAUUUUCUUUCUCCAUUCCCAAAUCUCAACUUCUCAUAACGACUUAACCAAACAAUUACAAUCAUGCUUUCUUCUCUCUCUCUUCCUUCUUCUCUCUACGCCGCCGGCGUUAACACCACCGUAUCUCCGCCUCCCUGCCGCGUCAGAUAUCGGCCGUUUCUCAUCACCGCUAGCGCUACCGCCACCGCUGAACCUCGCUCUACAUGGACGGAACAACCAAGAGCUUCGUAUCUGAACAUUAACACGAACACGAACGCUUCUCCUGCUUCGCUCUACGAGAUCCUCGGUGUACAAGCAGGUGCUUCUGUACAAGAGAUCAAAUCUGCGUACCGUCGACUUGCCAGAGUCUGCCACCCUGACGUGGCGGCGAAUGACCGGAAAAACUCGUCGGCGGAUGACUUCAUGAAAAUUCACGCUGCUUACUCCACGCUCUCGGAUCCUGAUAAACGUGCUAAUUAUGACCGGAGCCUUUUCCGGCGACAACGGCCGUUGUCGAUGAGGUCCGGCUACUCUAGUCGGAAAUGGGAAACGGAUCAGUGCUGGUAGUGAGUCGACUCGUCCGAGUUAGCUUCUUUGGCCUAAUAUAGUAGUAACAGAUUAUGAGGAAGGUGCAGUUAUUGAAGCGCCAUGCCUCUAAUGUAAUUUAUACUAAUUACUAAUUACCGAUAGUAACUACUACUAGUAAUUAGUUUUUUUCCACUGAAACUAUUUUAGUGGUUUUCAGAUUUUGUAUUAUAUUUGAAGAUGUGUAUUUUGCUUAGUUUUUCCACUAAAUAGAGUAGAAAAUUACUAACCACUAGUACUAUUAUUGUAUAUGAUAAAGUGUGAUUUGUAGAGUAUUUUACUAUUA